AAUGAAGUAAAUACAGAGAAAUAUAGUCUCCAAACUAUCCUCUCUUCCACUGUAGAAUCCUCAUAAGUCCAGUUAUAUCCAACAAAGUGGUAUCAGAGCUCCUUAUCGAAAUGGCAAGUGGGAAUCUAGUUUCAUUGCAGGUUCCAAAAUUCUCAAAAGAGAAGUUUGACAAUUGGUGCAUCCGAAUGAAGGCCAUACUCGGUGCACAUGAUGUGUGGGAAAUUGUUGAGAAUGGAUAUGAUGCUCCCAAAGACAUGAGUGCUCUUACACAAGCACAAAAGGAUCAAUUUAAUAGCAUCAAGAAAAAGGAUCAAAAGGCCAUUUCUCUCAUUCACCAAGCAUUGGAUGAGGUUACCUUUGAGAAGGUUUCUAAUGCCACCACAGAAAAGGAGUUGUGGGAGAAGCUUCAAGCUGCCUAUAAAGGAAAAGAAAAGGCAAAGAAAGUUCGUCUCCAAAGUUUGAGAGGUGAAUUUGAAGCUGUCCAAAUGAAUGAGACAGAAAAGGUGUCAGAUUAUAUUUCAAGGGUCAUGGGGAUUGCCAACCAGAUGAGAAGGCUUGAUGAAGAGGUGAUUGAUUUAAGGAUAAUUGAAAAAAUUCUUAGAUCAAUUACAGAGAAGUUUGAUUAUGUGGUGACGGCCAUUGAAGAAUCAAAGGACUUAGAAGACAUGACUGUUGAAGAGUUAAGUGGUUCACUUGAAGCACAUGAGGAGAAGCUUAAUAGAAGAAAGAAAGAGCCUGUGGAGCAAGCUCUACAGUCAAGACUUUCUCUGGGUGAUAAAGAACAAAAAGGAGGCAUAAGUCAAGGAGGACGAGGUCGAGGCCAUGGACGCAGUCGUGGUCGAGGAUGUGGAAGAGGAGGAAGAAGUGUUCAGAACACUGAUCAAAGCAAAGAUGAAAAUUUUCAGUUCUCCUUUUUGAGAGACCGUGGCAGAGGAGGAUCAAGGCCAUAUCAGAAGAGGUAUGACAAAUCCCAAAUUCAGUGCUACACUUGUCAUAAGUUUGGGCAUUAUUCAUGGGAAUGCAGAUUUGGCAACAAUGUGAAAGCCAAUUUCUCUCAAGACGAAGAUAAAGAAGUUAAUGAAGAGGUGGAGACAACUCUCUUGUUGGCUUGCAAAGACAUGAAGAAUGAAGAAAAGCACUCUUGGUACCUUGAUACUGGAGCAAGCAACCACAUGUGUGGAAACAAAGAAUUAUUUGUGGAGCUUGAUGAGAAAGUUGGCGGCAACAUCACCUUUGGAGACUCCUCCAAAAUACCAGUGAGGGGUAAACGUAAAAUUCUAAUACGCAUGAAGGAUGGAAAUCAUCAGUUUAUCUCAAAUGUUUAUUAUGCACCAGACAUGAAGAGUAAUAUUUUGAGUGUGGGCGAUAUGCUGUUUUCACAAAAGCAUUUGAGAUUUGGGCAUAUGAACUUUGGAGGACUUAAGGCUACGACUAGCAAAAGAAUGGUGAAAGGCUUGCCCUUGGUGAAUCAACCUGAUCAACUUUGUGAAGGUUGUCUUCUUGGUAAACAAUCAAGAAAGAGCUUCCCAAAACAGUCUCAAUCAAGAGCUACGAGGCCACUACAGCUAGUUCACACUGAUGUUUGUGGGCCGAUCACCCCAUGUUCUUUCGCACUUGUGAAGAAGGAAAGUGGCUUUAAAAUCCAGGCAUUGAGAUAUGACAGAAGAGGUGAAUUCACUUCUAAAGAAUUUCAAGAGUUCUGUGCUGCCAAUGGAGUUCGCCAUUUUCUUACUGCUCCAGGAUCGCCACAACAGAACGAAGUGGUGGAAAGGAAAAACAGAACCAUUCUAAAUAUGGCAAGAAUUGAAAAUAAAACUCCAAUUGAAUUAUGGAGUGGAAGAAAGCCCUCAGUCCAUCACUUGAAGGUGUUUGGAAGCAUUGCAUUUGCCCAUGUUCAUGAUGGAAAGCGCACCAAGCUUGAUGACAAGUGCAAGAAGUAUGUGUUUGUUGGUUAUGACUAUAGAACAAAAGGAUACAGUCUUUAUGAUCCAGAAGGUGGCAAAGCAGUCAUCAGUAAAGAUGUGGAUUUUGAUGAAGAAGCCAUGUGGGAUUGGAAAUCUCAAGAAGAGAAUUAUAAAUUUCUUCCGUCUUUUGCAGAAGAAGAUGAUGAAGAAAGGCAAGAAAUCAUCACUCCCCCAGCAUCACCGUCUCGUGGUGAAAUUUCAUCCCCAGAAGGAAGCUCAAGUGAAGGGCCGUUGCGAACAAGGAGGCUCAAUGAUAUAUAUCGAGAAACUGAAGAAAUUGAAGAAACUAAUGAUGUUACACUAUUUUGUCUUUUUGCAGACAUUGAGCCUAUUAACUUCAAUGAAGCUGCCAAAGAUGAAAAGUGGAGAAAAGCAAUGGACGAGGAGAUGAAUGCAAUUAAAAAGAAUGAUACUUGGGAGCUAGUCACUCUUCCUCAAGGACAUGCUGCUAUUGGAGUGAAAUGGGUGUUCAAAGAGAAGAAGAAUUCUAAAGGAGAGGUGGAAAGAUAUAAAGCAAGGCUCAUGGCUAAAGGCUAUAAGCAGCAACAUGGCAUCGACUAUGAAGAGGUUUUUGCACCGGUAGCUCGUCUGGAGACGAUAAGGUUGAUAAUUUCUCUAGCAACUCAAAACAAGUGGAAGAUUUUCCAAAUGGAUGUCAAGUCAGCCUUCCUAAAUGGCUCUCUUGAAGAAGAGGUGUAUGUUCAACAACCUCUCGGCUAUGUUGUAAAGGGUGAAGAGAAUAAGGUGCUUAAACUGAAGAAAGCUCUCUACAACUUGAAACAAGCUCCAAGAGCUUGGAAUUGUGGAAUUGACAAAUACUUUCAGGAGAAUGGCUUUGUCAAGUGCCCUUAUGAAUAUGCUCUCUACGUAAAAGUGAGCAAUGGUGGAAUUUUAAUUGUUUGCCUGUAUGUAGAUGAUCUAAUCUUUACAGGCAAUAAUCCAAGGAUGUUUGAAGAAUUCAAAAGGGCAAUGAGCAAUGAGUUUGAAAUGACAGAUAUAGGACUCAUGUCCUAUUAUCUUGGCAUAGAAGUGAAGCAGAUGGAGGAAGGGAUCUUCAUUUCACAAGAAAAUUAUGUGAGAGAGGUGCUUAAAAGGUUCAACAUGAGCAAUUGUAAACCAGUGAAUACUCCGGUUGUCAGUGGCAUCAAGCUAUCCAAGUUUGAAGAAGGUGGAAGUGUGGAUGCAACUCUUUUUCAGAGUUUAGUUGGAAGCUUGAGAUAUUUAACUUGCACAAGACCUGAUAUUUUGUUUGGAGUUGGAUUGGUUAGUCGAUAUUUGGAGGCUCCUACAACAGUUCAUCUAAAGGCAGCAAAGAGGAUCCUUCGCUAUAUAAAAGGUACUACUGAUUUCGGGUUGAAUUAUUUUGCCUCUAAUGACUUCACUCUUAGAGGUUUCAGUGACAGUGAUUGGGCCGGAGAUAUUGAUGAUAGAAAGAGCACCACUGGAUGUGUGUUUUACAUGGGUGAUACAGCUUUUACUUGGAGCUUGAAAAAGCAGCCCAUUGUUACUCUGUCAACUUGUGAAGCAGAGUAUGUUGCUCUUAAUUCUUGUGUAACUCAUGUAGUUUGGUUGAGGAAUUUGCUAAAAGAGCUUCGUGUCACACAAGAGGGCCCAACGAAAAUAUAUGUUGACAACAAAUCUUCAAUUGCAUUGGCAAAGAAUCCUCAAUUUCAUUAACGAAGCAAACAUAUUCAUACUAGGUAUCAUUAUGUGCGCCAGUGUGUUGAAGACAAAGUGGUGCAGCUAAUUUUUGUGAAAUCUCAUGAUCAGAUGGCAGACAUCCUUACCAAAGCUCUCAAGUUUGAUGAUUUCAAGAAAUUAAGAAGCUGUCU